AUGACACAAUGUACAAUUUGUGGUCAUGAUCGAUUCAAACCUAAUAAAGGGGGGGUGUCUACAAAAAAAUCAACUAUACCGUUCAAGAUUCUAAGGUAUUUUCCUAUAACAGACCGGCUAAAAAGAUUGUUCAUGUCUUCAAGAACAGCUGAACACAUGCAUUGGCAUGCAAAAUCUCCGUCCAAAGAUGGAGAAUUAAAUCAUCCCGCAGAUGGGGAGGCUUGGAAAGAAUUCAACAAAAAACAUCCACAAUUUGCAUCUGAACCUAGAAAUGUCAGGCUUGGAUUAUCUACCGACGGUUUCAACCCGUUUGGCCACUCAGCUGUUCCGUACUCUUGUUGGCCCGUGAUUGUUACUCCGUACAACCUGCCUCCUUGGAUGUGUAUGAAACAACCUUAUUUAUUCCUUUCUCUCAUGAUUCCUGGUCCCAAGAGUCCUGGAAAGAACUUAGAUGUUUACUUGAGGCCUCUUAUAGACGAAUUGAAGAUAUUGUGGAAGGAUGGAGUGCAAACUUGGGAUGUUUCUACACAAACUAAUUUCAACCUCAGGGCAUCGCUUAUGUGGACCAUAAGCGACUUCCCAGCAUAUGGUAUGUUAUCAGGGUGGAGCACACAUGGGAAGUUGGCUUGUCCAUAUUGUAUGGAGCAUACAAAAUCUUUCACUCUGCAAAAAGGUCGGAAGCCUUGUUGGUUUGACUGUCAUCGCCGUUUUCUGCCAAAUGAUCACCCGUUUCGAAGAAAUAGGGAGAACUUCAGGAAAGGGAAAAUUGAAACUGAUAUGCCUGUACCACGAUUGUCAGGUGCGGAGAUGCGAACCCGUGUGAUGAGAUUGCCACAUGUUCCGUUUGGUAAGAAUGAUAAGAAAAUCAAUGGGUUUGGUGAAUCUCAUAAUUGGGUUUGGACAAGUAUCUUUUGGGAAUUGCCUUAUUGGUCUACAAAUUUGAUUCGUCAUAAUUUGGAUGUGAUGCAUGUUGAAAAGAAUGUGUUUGACAAUGUUUUUAGCACCGUGAUGAAUGUUCCAGGGAAGACAAAAGAUAAUGAUAAGGCGCGUUUGGACAUGAAAGAUAUUUGUAAGCGUCCUGCAUUAGAAAUUCAUGAAUCUUCUAAUGGUAAGAGUGUCAAACCCCAAGCAAGGUACACAUUGUCCAAAAAACAAAUUGAAGAUGUAUGCACAUGGAUUAGGUCCCUAAAACUACCUGAUGGAUAUGCAUCAAACAUUGCAAGGUGUGUUUCAGAUAAGAAACCGCAUGAGAAAUUGAAAGGGAUGAAGAGUCACGAUUGUCAUGUAUUCUUGGAAAGACUCCUCCCAAUUGCAUUUCGGGAUUUGCUUUAUAAACCAAUAUGGGAUGCUGUUACAGAGCUCAGUUGUUUCUUUAAUGACUUAUGUUCAAAAACAAUAAAUGAAAAGGACAUGUCUGUACUUGAGAAGAACAUUAUAGAGAUCACGUGUAAACUGGAAAAAAUAUUUCCCCCUGGUUUUUUUGACUCUAUGGAGCAUUUGACUAUACAUCUUCCUUAUGAAGCUCGUGUUGGGGGUCCAGUUCAAUAUAGAUGGAUGUACCCUUUCGAGAGGCUGAUGGGAAUGCUUAAGAGGGCAGUGAAAAAUAGAGCUUGUGUUGAGGGGUCCAUAUGUGAAGCCUACAGUUUCAAUGAGAUAUCUACCUUUGUCUCAGACUACUUUCCGGAUGAAGUCUUAACAAAGGCCAAUCGAGUGUCUAGACAUGAUGAUGGGGGAAAUGUGGAAUUAAAUGGCCGUCUUGCUGUAUUUGGUCUAUCUGGCCGUGCAUAUGGAAAACAGAAACGCAUAUUCCUCUCUGAGAAAGAUUUACAUGCUGCGCAUACCUAUAUACUUCUCAAUUGUGAUGAGAUUGAUGAGUACGUGAGAUUGUAUGAUGAUGAAUUAAAAGUGAAGCAUCCCGGCAUAACAGAUAAAGACAUCCAAACCAAUCGUUAUAAAGAAUUUGCACUUUGGAUAAAGGAAAAAGCUUUGACUGCUGGAUCAGUGUUGCCAGCGAAUGUACUACCUCUAGCUAUGGGACCAGACAAGGAUCAAGUCAGUUGUAAUGGUUACAAGGUAAAUGGUUAUGAAUUUCAUACCAAGGCAUAUGGGUUCGGUAAAAGAACAACAAACUCAGGAGUGUGUGUCCAAGGGGAUAGUUGCAAUGAACUUAAUCAAGUAUUUUAUGGGGAGUUGGAAGAAAUCAUAGAGUUAUCUUACAAGGGUACAUAUGGGGGUCAUAUUAACUUGUUCAAGUGUCGCUGGUUCGACUUAGAAAAAGGGAGACGUGUUGAUAGACAUGGAAUUGUUGACAUCGACCUCCAUAAGUCUGCAUACUCUAAUGAACCGUUCGUUUUACCAACUCAAACUACACAAGUGUACUACACUCCUACUCCUGGUAGAAAAAGGGAUAGGCCACCUGUAAACUGGCAGGUUGUAAUACAUACCCCCGCACGUAGACGUGAAGAAGUAAUUGCUGGGGAUGUUUAUCAAGAGCAGACGCUUCAUAAACCAAAUGUGAUUAAUGUGGAAGAUGAUGAAGUAAUCCAAUUAGAUGAUGAAAAUGAAGCACAUGAAAUAGAUCCUGAGUUAUUACUUGUAGAGGAUGACAUUGAUACAGACAACGAAGAGUUAUUGACAGACACAGACACUGAAAUAGACACCGAUGAAGAUGAUGGUUAUGAAUCUGCAAAAGAAGAUGAUUCUGACUCCGAUAGCUCGGACAAUGGCACCUAA